GGGCCAGAGGUGCUCGGUCUCCCGAGGUGGCCCUGCGGCCGCCGCUCCAGAGGGCAGGCGGGACCACGCCUUCAGGUGCGGCCCGGGGACCGACGCCUCGGCCCCGUCCUGGACGCAGGGGAGGAAAGGAGACGUGGGUGGGCUCGCCCACCCCGAGCGAAUCUCGCGACGGUCGCGGCAGAUAAAAUAAGAAGAGCUGCCAUUCAUGAGUCACAAAUGCUUUACAUGUAUUUUCAUUCGCUGUUCUCGGCAGUCCCAUGAGGUGAAAGAAUUGCCAUUUCAGCUCAGGAAUGCAAUAGUUUCACUUUCUGUACUUUAAGCUGCAGCAAAAACUCUUGACAUCAAAAUGAAGCAAUGAUAUCUGAGAACAAAGGAACAUUUGCCAGCUAAAUGUCAACGCAAUUUCAUGUGAUUAUAUUAGAAGAAACAAUCUACAGAAGGUCUCUGUGUCAUCUAGUAUAGGGAGAAUGCUUUCCUGUAAUGACGUCUGUCUAUACCAAAUGAAAUAAAAAUGAGUGAUGUCACUGGAUUCUUUGAGCCUGAGGAAACGGAAAUUAACCCGACAAAUUACCGACAUUUCCUUCACCAUGCAGAUGAGGAGGAGGAAUAUGAGUCUCCACCAGAAAGGCAGAUUGUGGUUGGAAUAUGUUCCAUGGCAAAGAAAUCAAAAUCCAAACCAAUGAAGGAAAUUCUGGAACGGAUCUCCUUAUUUAAAUAUAUCACAGUAGUAGUAUUUGAAGAGGAAGUUAUUUUGAAUGAACCAGUGGAGAACUGGCCUUUAUGUGAUUGUCUUAUUUCUUUCCAUUCCAAAGGAUUUCCACUGGACAAAGCAGUUGCCUAUGCAAAACUCAGGAAUCCAUUUGUAAUCAAUGACUUGAAUAUGCAGUAUCUCAUACAGGAUAGAAGAGAAGUGUAUAGUAUUCUUCAAGCUGAAGGUAUCUUACUUCCUCGUUAUGCAAUUCUGAACCGUGAUCCAAAUAAUCCUAAAGAAUGCAAUCUGAUUGAAGGUGAUGAUCAUGUAGAAGUAAAUGGGGAAAUUUUCCAAAAGCCAUUUGUAGAAAAGCCAGUCAGUGCAGAAGAUCACAAUGUUUACAUUUACUACCCAACAUCUGCUGGAGGUGGAAGUCAAAGACUCUUUAGAAAGAUUGGCAGUAGAAGUAGUGUAUAUUCUCCAGAAAGCAAUGUGCGAAAAACUGGCUCAUAUAUAUAUGAAGAGUUUAUGCCUACAGAUGGUACUGAUGUUAAGGUGUAUACAGUUGGUCCAGAUUAUGCUCAUGCUGAAGCUCGGAAAUCUCCAGCUCUUGAUGGCAAAGUAGAGCGUGACAGUGAAGGGAAAGAAGUUAGGUUCCCUGUUAUUCUCAAUGCACGGGAGAAAUUAAUUGCUUGGAAAGUCUGUCUUGCUUUUAAGCAAACAGUUUGUGGCUUUGAUUUACUACGGGCCAAUGGACAGUCUUAUGUCUGUGAUGUCAAUGGCUUCAGUUUUGUGAAAAAUUCCAUGAAGUAUUAUGAUGAUUGUGCAAAGAUACUUGGAAAUAUUGUAAUGCGAGAACUUGCGCCACAAUUUCAAAUCCCCUGGUCGAUACCCUUAGAAGCUGAAGAUAUUCCAAUUGUACCAACUACAUCUGGAACUAUGAUGGAGCUUCGAUGUGUCAUAGCUGUCAUACGUCAUGGAGAUCGAACACCAAAACAAAAAAUGAAGAUGGAAGUGAGGCAUCAAAAGUUCUUUGAUCUUUUCGAAAAAUGUGAUGGAUAUAAAUCAGGGAAGCUAAAACUCAAGAAGCCAAAGCAAUUACAGGAAGUCUUGGAUAUUGCACGACAACUUCUCAUGGAGCUUGGGCAAAACAAUGAUUCUGAAAUUGAAGAAAACAAAUCCAAACUUGAACAACUAAAGACUGUAUUAGAGAUGUAUGGCCAUUUCUCAGGAAUAAAUCGUAAGGUCCAAUUGACCUAUCUCCCUCACGGUUGUCCUAAAACAUCUAGUGAGGAAGAAGAUAGCCGACGAGAAGAGCCAUCCUUACUUCUGGUUCUAAAAUGGGGAGGAGAAUUAACUCCUGCAGGCAGAGUCCAGGCCGAAGAACUUGGAAGAGCUUUUAGGUGUAUGUAUCCUGGAGGUCAAGGAGAUUAUGCAGGAUUCCCUGGUUGUGGUUUGCUUCGAUUGCAUAGCACUUACCGACAUGACCUCAAAAUAUACGCUUCUGAUGAAGGACGAGUCCAGAUGACUGCUGCUGCUUUUGCAAAGGGCCUGUUGGCUUUAGAAGGAGAGCUCACACCCAUCCUUGUUCAGAUGGUGAAAAGUGCAAAUAUGAAUGGCCUGUUGGACAGUGAUAGUGACUCUUUGAGCAGCUGCCAACAACGUGUGAAAGCCAGACUUCAUGAAAUACUUCAGAAAGACAGAGAUUUUAGUGCUGAAGACUAUGAAAAGCUUACUCCUUCUGGGAGCAUUUCUGUCAUCAAAUCAAUGCAUUUAAUUAAAAAUCCUGUGAAGACCUGUGACAAAGUUUAUUCCUUGAUUCAAAGUUUGACUUCUCAAAUCAGACAUCGAAUGGAAGAUCCCAAAUCAUCUGAUAUCCAGCUUUACCAUAGUGAGACAUUGGAGCUUAUGUUGCGUAGAUGGUCCAAGUUGGAGAAAGACUUUAAAACAAAGAAUGGAAGAUAUGAUAUUAGUAAGAUCCCUGAUAUAUAUGACUGUAUAAAAUAUGAUGUCCAGCAUAAUGGUUCCUUGAAACUAGAAAACACAAUGGAAUUAUAUAGGCUUUCAAAAGCAUUAGCAGAUAUUGUUAUCCCUCAGGAAUAUGGUAUAACUAAAGCUGAAAAGCUGGAGAUUGCUAAAGGCUACUGUACUCCUCUAGUUAGAAAAAUUCGUUCAGACCUUCAGAGGACACAAGAUGAUGACACUGUAAAUAAACUCCAUCCUGUCUAUUCCAGAGGUGUUCUGUCUCCUGAUCGUCAUGUCCGUACCAGAUUGUAUUUUACUAGUGAAAGUCAUGUGCAUUCCUUACUGUCUAUUCUUCGCUAUGGUGCCUUAUGUGAUGAAUCCAAGGAUGAACAAUGGAAACGUGCUAUGGACUAUUUAAAUGUUGUCAACGAACUCAACUACAUGACUCAAAUUGUCAUCAUGCUUUACGAGGAUCCUAACAAGGAUGUUUCCUCAGAGGAACGAUUUCAUGUUGAGUUACACUUUAGUCCAGGAGCCAAAGGCUGUGAAGAAGAUAAAAACCUGCCAUCUGGCUAUGGUUAUAGACCCGCUUCCAGAGAGAAUGAAGGCAGGAGAACUUCUAAAAUGGAUGAUGAUGAACCUCAUACUUCUAAAAGAGAUGAAGUUGAUCGAGCUGUAAUAUUGUUCAAACCAAUGGUAUCAGAGCCAAUUCAUAUACACAGGAAGUCUCCACUUCCACGAUCUAGGAAAAUGACUACCAAUGAAGAAGAGAGCCCCCUGAGUGUAUCUAGCCCAGAGGGUACUGGUACCUGGCUGCAUUAUACCAGUGGUGUGGGUACUGGGCGUCGAAGACGCAGAUCAGGGGAACAAAUCACUUCUUCCCCUGUCUCCCCCAAAUCAUUGGCUUUCACAUCCAGUAUUUUUGGCUCAUGGCAACAGGUUGUAUCUGAAAAUUAUGUUCGAACACCAAGAAACCUUGUGGAACAGAAGCAGAACCCAACUGUAGGGUCUCACUGUGCGGGCCUAUUUAGCACCUCAGUGCUCGGGGGUUCUUCAAGCGCACCUAACCUACAAGAUUAUGCUCGUACUCAUCGUAAAAAGCUGACUGCUUCCGGCUGCAUAGAUGACGCCACACGUGGUUCCGCUGUUAAAAGGUUUUCUAUCUCAUUUGCUCGACACCCAACCAAUGGCUUUGAGUUAUACUCCAUGGUGCCAUCUAUUUGUCCUCUGGAAACUCUGCACAAUGCUCUGUCUUUAAAGCAGGUGGAUGACUUUCUUGCUUCCAUUGCUUCUCCCUCAACAGAAGUUAUAAGGAAGACCCCUGAAAUGUCUUCUUUGACCUCCCGUGCCAGCCCAGCAAUAAGAAGAAAAGUUUCUCUAAAUACAUAUACACCUGCUAAGAUCCUCCCAACCCCACCUGUUCUCUUAAAGAAUACUAAAGCAAGCAGCAAACCAGGUACUGGUGGACCUUCUAGUGCAGCUGAUCCUAAUACAGCUUCUCGGAAAAAGAACGUAACUAUCAAAGCUGAACUUCCUGAACACAAAAAAAGCACUGGGAAAAAGAAAUGAAAUGUUAGCAGAAACUGGAAUGCCUUAUAUUUAGAAAAGGCACUUGUUCAUAGAAAAAGAUAUGUAAUAAAUACUGAAACUUGUCACAACAAGUAAUUCCUAUUUUUCCUUAUACAUCUCUGUAUUAUUUUAAAAACAUGUUUAAGUCUAAAGGAAUCUGUUUAUGUGCAGACAAAAAACAUUGUCAUGAUCUGUAAAUGUUUAAAAUGAUGUCUGUCAGCAUUAUGUGAAUAACAGAAUUUGUGGCAAAUGCUUAUCAUUGUUAAUGUGAUGUUUACUGUGUGCCUAUGGUAAAGAAAAAAGCAAAAGCUCAGCUGGCCUGUACCAAAGUACUGUCUUAUCAGGUACACACUUGGUUCUCAUAAGAUUGCAUCAUAGCUGUAGGGUAAUGUAAUUUGACAUUCAUGUUGAAGUCUUUUUUAAAAUGUAUUUCCAAAGAGAUCUCAUUGACCAUUUUCAUCAAGAUUUUUUAUUGUUAUUAUAACAUUCUGCAAUAUUUAUUAACUGGCGUGACACAUGGUUUUUUUUUUCAAUAUGUACUUUGAAUUUUUAUUACAAAUUAUUUUAAACAUUACAAAUACAGUUAGGGGAAACAGUACUUUUAUGUAAAUAAAUUUACAUAUUAGUUUGUAGAAAAAUAUUUUCUUUAUAUAUUUCUUUACCAGGUGCUUUGUUUAUCAAGAAAAUUUUGCUUUAUAAAUGAACAAGAAAGAUACCUUUAGAGUUUUUCUAAGAGAAAUGGCUGUGAUGUCUAUAAAUCAAACAUUUAAUUUUCAGUUUUUGAGACCUAAGGAACUCAGACGAGAGAUGGAAACUGUCAGUGUAGAACUGAAUUGUAUUAAGUUAGUUAAGUGUCAUGUAGCGUCUGCUUCUACCUCCUGUUCUACGUUCCAUGUAUCUGUCGUUGCCACUGAGAAGGCUUUCAGAAUGAGCAUUUCAGACAAAUGCUGUUUACAAAUGAUUUCGCUUGAAAGAAGAAUUGUGAUCAUUGGUUUUUAAUUUCAUCUGUGGGAUGAAAAAAAUAUAUAUGUAUAUAUUAUUCUUGGUGCUUUUUUCCCUAGAUGCACAAAUAAUUGUGAACCAUUUGAAAUGACUUAAAACCAAACAGUGCAGCCUGCUACAAAUGUCAUGCAUCGGAAGUUUCAGAAAUUAGUAAAGCUUUAGCUUCAAACUUAUAUUAAGAAUUACUGGAUCCUUAAUAUAUGAAUGCAAUUAUUAUAAAUUUUCAAAAGAGACUUCUGACCAUAAAUCCUAUUAACUGGAUUUUAGGAAAUAGGCAUAUUACAUAUUAGUUGUUUUAAAAGGGAUCAGAAGCAACUUCAAAAAUAAAUACACGUAAAAUUAGAUACACUUGAAUAAGCUUAUAUAUGUCACAUGAAUGUAAUUAUAUGGUGAUAUAUCUUGUAAACACUUGAAUGUAUGUACGUUUUCUGUAUGUGAAUGUGGUUGGUUAAUGUACUCAUUAUGGGGGUAAGGAAAUGACAACUUUUGUAAGUGUAACUGAAUUAAAAAUGCCUUCUUUCUAAAAUCA